AUGGUGAUCAAAGUCUUUGUAGCCACAUCUUCGGGGUCUACAGCGAUAAAAAAGAAACAGCAAGAAGUAGUGGGCUUUUUGGAGGCCAACAAGAUUGACUUUCAGCAAAUGGACAUAGCAGGUGAUGAAGACAACAGGAAAUGGAUGAGAGAGAAUGUCCCAGGUGAAAAAAAGCCUCAAAAUGGAAUUCCCCUCCCUCCACAGAUCUUCAACGAGGAGCGAUACUGUGGGGAUUUUGAAUCCUUUUUCUCUGCUAAAGAAGAAAAUAUUAUUUAUUCAUUCCUGGGUCUUGCUCCUCCUCCAGGCACAAAGGAAACUGAAAAGUGUGAUGCCACGGAUGAAACUGAGGCACACACAGAAGACAAGGCAGAUGAAGGGUCUCAUGAAGAGGCUCAGUCUGCUCAGUCACCAUCAGAAGAUCAACAGGAAGGCAAGGAGGAACAUGUAGCAACAGAGGAAGAAGAAAAGCAGGAAGAGACAUCAGAAAAGCAGGAAGAGACAGAAGAAAAGGAAGAGGUGGAGGAGCAAGAAGAGUCUUAGUACACUUCCCUGUGAUGCAUUCUUUCUUGAACAGGUUUUCAGGAAGCACAAACUGGAGCAGCCUCACCAAAGAAAGUAAAAUCACUCACUCAAGAAACCCAUCAAUACCCUUCAUGCCUGUAGACCUCUGAACAUAACAGAACAGUCACCACUCUGUCCUACCUGUGCCCUUUAUAUAUAUAUUUGGUAUUCCGAUUGCUUGUUAAAAUAGUUCUUCUUAUAUCUGACUGAUGAUAGUUCAGCUGAUUGUUAUAUGUUGGCAUAUUAUUGUCCAUGUCACAUUUUAGACUGUAAGCUACUCAGGGCAGGAACCAUGUCUUUCUCCAUGUUGAUGUUACUGCCAAACGCGUUGCUGUACUCACACAAGUGACAUAUUCAGAGAAAAAGAAAUUCAGCACUGAAAACAGCAAAGAGGCUUCCUGUAUACAAGCUAUGUGAGUCACUUCUCCCCCAGCUGGCUUUUGA